GCCUCUAAAAAUGGUGGACACAUCUGCGCGUUUCUGCUUUAUAUUUGCACUAGUACAAUAAAAACGAGAGAGAGUAAGUCCGUCACAGAGAUUAUAAAGAGCAUAAGAUGCACAAUGCCAUACAGUUGAAGCCAGAUAAUACAAAGAAAUGUUGGCGAUCUUGCUGCGUACAGGAUGAAUUUAUGGUGGCACGGCCAUGCGAUCACCAUUCCAAGCGUUCCCGCGGUAAUUGCUUCGAGGGCACUUGGUCGAGAAAAAUGAGAUUUUCCCUGCUUUCCAAACUUUAUUUAAACAGACCUCAAAUGCGGGCGAACGUGUUUCACAGUAGAUGCGGAAAGGAUCUCAACGGUUCGGCGGGCAGCGCGAUAAAAAACUAUUCAGCGCAAGGCGAGACAUGUGCUGUCGAUGAGACAAUCAGAGCGGCCAUUGUGAUUUGAUAAUACAAUGUGUUAACUCCCCAAAAAUUGUGAAAGACUUGUGUGGUGAUUGGUUCCACCAUUUUUAGGAAUUUUGACUUCUGAUCUAAUAAAAAACGGUUUAUGAGAUCGCAAGAUUCUGUAUU